AUGUCUCUCCCCAAGCGGAUCAUCAAGGAAACCGAGCGCCUUGUGGCGGAUCCCGCUCCUGGCAUCUCCGCCGCGCCUCAUGAUGAUAACUUGCGAUACUUCGAUGUUACGAUCCAGGGCCCGGACGGCUCGCCGUUCCAGAAUGGCGUCUUCAAGCUCGAGCUGUUCCUGCCGGAGGAGUACCCCAUGGCACCGCCCAAGGUGCGCUUCCUUACAAAGAUCUACCACCCCAAUAUCGACAAGCUGGGCCGUAUCUGCCUGGAUAUCCUGAAAGACAAAUGGUCUCCCGCUCUGCAAAUCCGCACCGUUCUGCUGUCUAUCCAGGCCCUCCUGAGCUCCCCGAACCCAGACGAUCCGCUGGCUACGGACGUCGCGAAGCACUACAAGGAGGACGAGAAGGACGCUCAGCGCGUUAGCAAGGAGUGGACGGAGAAGUACGCGACUGCCUGA